CUCACUUUUAAAAAGCCUUGAAAAUUAUUUAGGGGAAUCCAAUCUUUUUUAUUCAGGCUCCAGUCAUACUGAGUUUAAGCUUGAAAUAUGACUGACGUUUCGUCCUUUGUUGUCUUAGGAAUGUAAUGCUGAAACCUCGUUGAGAAUUUCGAAGUAGCAACUCAGUCCAGAAAGGUUAGACAUCUGUAGUAGACUAUACGGUCCAUCCAGUCGCUCAUUAUUCCUGGCCUAGGCACUUUAGAAAUACAGUAAACAGUUUAUUUUAGACAAACAACUCUACAUAUACCAACCAUGAGUAGUUUGAGGAUGAAGACUAAAUACCCGAACAAAACAACAACAACGAAUAAUAGCAUAUUCGUUUGGUGUUCCCAAAGAUACCAGGAGUUAAAGUUCUGUUGUUUUUGAGACUACUUGGCUAAGUUGUCUGUUCAUCAACCUGGAGAAUACAAACAGUAGGAUGGUUUCCAAUGGAUUUCAACUUCCUACCGAACUUUAAGCGCAUGUAAUCUAUUUGAAGCAAGUUACCAAUAUUCCAAACUAUGCCGCUGUUUGGUAAGCCGAAAAACCCUCGUGAAUUAAUACAAACUGUUAAUGAGAACAUAAUAAUUCUAAGUGGCAGUGCCAAAACCGAUAAAGAACGGAAAAAAGCUGUGGAAGAUAUCGCAAGGGCUUUGACUGCUCUUCGGGAGCUGCUAACGGAUAAGUCAGAUACUCGGUUGACUGGCAAAGAACGUGAUUCAGAACUAUCGAACUCUGAACGAGCACGAAUCAACGAAAUUAUAACAGAUGUGACUCAUGAAAUCAUCAACCUCAAUCUUUUGCCGCUUCUUGUAAACAAUUUGGAUGCUAUCGAGUUUGAGAGUUCAAAACAUAUCGUUGAUCUCUUUGGCCAUAUUAUGAGGCGACAAGUGGGAUCUUACAAUCCGGCAGCUCAGUAUCUUCUGGCUAAUUCACAUAUUUUAAUAUCUAUUCUUCAAGGAUACUCUAAACCUGACACUGCUAUACACUAUGGCGCCAUGCUUCGAGAUGCAUGUCGACAUGAAGCUUUAGCCAAAGUUGUUCUUCGUUCACCAGAAUUUUAUCAGUUAUUUGAUCAUGUACAAGGCACAGCGUUUGAUGUAAGCUCAGAUGCUUUCGCUACAUUGAAGGAUUUGCUUACUCGUCACAAAGCUCUUGUAGCAGAUUUCCUAACAACUAAUUAUGAUGUCUUUUUUGACCAUUAUAUGCAUAUGAUCUUAUCAGAUAAUUACGUCACAAAAAGGCAAGCACUAAAGUUAUUGGGAGAACUUCUUCUUGAUCGGCAUAACAUUUCAAUAAUGACCAAAUAUAUUGCAGAUCCGGAAAACCUCAAAGUCAUUAUGAACAUGUUGAAAAGUAAAGAAAAACAAAUUGCUUUUGAAGCGUUUCAUUGUUUUAAGGUAUUUGUUGCAAAUCCAAACAAACCACCAGCUGUUCAUAUAAUUCUCUUUCGUAAUCAGGAAAAAUUGCUGUCCUUUCUAACAGAUUUUCAAAAUGAACGUACGGAUGAUGGUCAAUUCAAUGAUGAGAAACAGUAUUUAAUCAAACAAAUUCGAGAAUUAAAACCAGUGCCCAUUGCUUCUAAUCCGAAUCCUGCAUAAUUAAACACAGUUGCGCCUUCUACUUAACAGAAGUUUUUGGUUUUAUUCUUGUCAGAUUUGUUUGGAAAGUGAUCAACACCAUACAUUCUUCAAUCAUAAUAAGUUUUCAUUACUUGUCUUUAGAUCUUAUAACAUGUUUUGUUGGUAAUUAAUCUCUAUUGGAAAGACCUAAAUAUUUUUUGAGGAUUGAAACUGUUGUUUAAUUUGAGCCACUUCCAGGCAUUAUCUCAGAAUUUUAUUAAAAGAAGAAAAAUGUAAUUUUUAGUCCUUCCGUUUGGUGAUCGUUUUCUUGUUGUAUACUACACUUGUUACAGUUAUUCCCGUUAUAUAUAUUGUUAAUCCAAAUUACAUCACCUCAACGGCUAUAAAUUAUAUUACAGAUUUCUCUUUUCUUUGCAUACAAUCUUUUUCGUUACUUCACUCAAAUCAAUUUACUUUAGUUUUCAUUUAGAUUUAUGUGAAAUAUUUUGUAUUCUUAUUCCACAAUAUCUUGAUGAAACAAAUACACUGUAUUUUACAAUUGUUUUCGCACGACACUCAAAUUUUGUAGAAUAUAGCAUUGAAUGUGUACAUAUACUUCUCUUCUAGACGCCCAUCUGUCUUUCCACAAUAAUUCUGUGUAGUUGAGUCUUGCAUAUUCAUUCAGCCUGUUGAUUUUUCCUGUUUUGUUUCACUUUUACUGCUAAAUUUUCUACAACAUUAAAGACGCUAGUUGCAAGAGUGUUAUGAAAAUUUGGUUUCUUUCUUCAUAGUCUAUGUAGAGUACUUCUGUUGGAUUGGUCGACUUUUUGAUACGAAAAUCGCUAUCAAUUGGUUGUAACAAUUGUGCAUUCGUAUAAUUCUUCUUGAGAAUCCUCACCUAGUCUUUUGUUACUGUUACUGUUGUUAGUACUAUUUUUCUCCUUGGGUACGUAUAUUUAGUAAUGGAAACAUAUAGACUGAAUAAUUAGUGUUCUACUAAUCUUAGCUUAUUUCUUAUUAGUAUACCCUACUUUAUUUUACAAUUUAACAGAUUAGUUAAUAAGUGUUAACUUAUCUAAAAAUGUGAUUAACAGUGAAUUUGAUCUUGGAAUGUUUUCAUAUUUUAAUUGUUCGUUUUUUUUAAAUUUAGGUUACGUAUUGCUUUUAUAAAGGCUUCAAAUUUAUUAAGAGUUCUAGUGCUGGUUAGCAUAUAACUUAUUACGCUGCAUCCUACAUAUCCUAUCAAAUUACAUUUUUGGGAUUGAGAACCAUGUUAAUCUGCAUCCGCAUGUUCGUGCAACCGUUUAUAUUCAGUCGCAAUUUUUAUGAAAAUGGCAUAUAAUUUGAAUUGUUUCAAGAUUAUAGACUGAAGUUAUGUGUAAACAAAUAUUUUACAAGUUCACUAUUGAUUAAUUAACUGUACAUAGUGAGUUGAAAAACUAAUUUGACACUAGGUCACUUGUUAUCUGCCUUAAAU